UAAAAAAAAAAAAAGCAACCAAAAAACCAAGCACUUUUUGCACGUCUGCGCACUGGCAAUUAACCACAUCUUUCUUUUAAAAAGAUGGAUUUCAGACAACACGAAGAGAUCGUUCCUAUUUAUGGAGGCGUUUCAUUCCACACACAAAAAAUGGACACGUUUAAUGUCAAUUUAAGUUGGAGUCAGUACGGCCCACAGUCUAAUCCAGUCUCCAGUGAAGUCAACUAUUGGAACAAGGUGUCUAGAACUCUGCUGUGUGCAUACCCGCCGUUUAUCGUCCUGAUCGGAACUGUGGGCAACAUCAUCACCUUAAUUAUUCUCAGAAUUCAUCAAAUGUACACAUCUGUGACAACCACGAUCAUCAAUUGGGUCCUUGUGCUGAUCACCGCCACUCGUCUCGUCCACAUCCGGUCCCCGUUUCAGGUCUAUCGUAUUUGCUCCCGCAAGACUUACUACAUAUGUCUGAGUGCCAUCUGCUGCACUAGUUUCGGAAUUUACGCAGUGAGUUAUGUAACGGGCAAACAUGGGCUGCCCUCCAACAAAGCCAGCCUUGACGUUCUCAGUGAAUACAGCUGUGCUCUGGCAGUCAAGCGUCGGUUCAUGCAACUGUCCGGAGCCUACGGCAUUACAGACAUGCUGUUCUUCUUCAUAUUGCCCGGUCUGUUUCUGGUCUCCUUGAACUUUGUCAUCCUCGGUCUGUAUGGGGAAGUCAGGGACAACCAGAGGGCCUUGCUCGAGACAAGAGUCACGCAAUAUUAUGGCAAGUUAUUCACCUUAAAAGUUGUUUUUAAUCCAAACAAUUCGUUUCUUUUUUUUUUCUUUUUUUUUCUUUUUUUUUAGAGGUAGAGUUCUAUGAGAGAACCACAAAAUUUGUUGUAAAUGUACUGUUUUAAAUCC